AUGGGGGAGGCCGCCCGCUGCGCCCGCUGGGCCGGCUCCGCCCACCACCUGAGUCCGCGCCGCGCGUCUGUCUCGGAGCCUCCCCACGGUCACGGUCCUGCUGUGUCCAGCGAGGCCACACAGCCCGAUAGAAACGCAGCGGACACUCCCGAAUCCGCAGGAAGCGAGCACACCUCGGAACCGCACCCGGGGACGCAGGAGGAGUAUUCGCCCGACGGAGGAGGUGGCGGCCACGUCCGGCCGGCGAAGGACUGGCCUCCCCAGGCAGCGCCGCGGAGCCCUCCGUGGCUCCCAGGGCCAGUCGCGCUUUCCCGUGCGAACGGCCCACGUGACCGGGACGCUCCGGGCCGCCGUUCACGCCACCGCCCUCACCGCCCCGCUGGGCGCUCGGGGGUGUCCUCGCUGGCCUCUGCCUUCUGCGAGGACGUGGAUCUAAGUCGGCGAUCGUCCGCCUUCUCAUCUCACGGCCGCUCGGACCAGCCCAGGGGCGGCCCGGCAGGCCUCCCCACCCAGCCCCUGGCCGUGGGGGACGUGGGGGACACAGGGGGCGUUCGUCCUGCCCGGGGUCCCCAGAAGGACAAGCAGCAGCUGGGGGUCUUCUCUGCCCACAGCCUGAAAAAACUGGAUUCAAAAACAAUGAAAGCAGCAGCCUGGCAGAGAGAGUGGUUGUGCGAGGCUCUUGCUCAGACGUGCACAACACAAACGCAGAUCGAGCGUGAGCCGGGCAAAAGUAACAACAGGCCUCCGGCCGGCCCCACGAGCACCAAGGAGGGCGGCUCCCAGAGGCCGUCCGGCAGGCGCUGCAGCUGGCCCCUCCCGGAAGGACGCCGGAGGGCGGUCCCACGUGAGAGCUUCCCGCCCCCAGAGGCGGGAGAGAGCCGGUGCGUGGCCGUUCCCCGCCUGUUCCGCUCAGUCGCUGCCCGAGACCUGCUGGUGCUGCGAGGGCCCGAGUCAGGACAUUUCCUGUGCGGGCGGAGCGGGGUCCAGCGGGCGAGCUCUGGAGGCUUCCGAGGGGCACGCGGCAGCCCCCACGCGGAACCCUCCCGGGGACGCCCACGCGGCAGUGACUGCAGCUCAGGGCGGCUGCUCCGUCCGUCCCCCGAUGGCCGGGACUUGCGGGGCCGAGAGCCCCUCCCCCGCCCGCACCGCCAGGCUGUCCCCGCGGCCUCCUCGCCGGGCAAGGGCACGACCCAGCGCCCCACCCAGCUCGUCUGGGCGACCUCCCGUGCGCCCCUAAAUGCACCGCCACCUGGGGGGGGGCGCGAAGACCGCAGUGACGACGACCCCCCCCCCCCAGCGGAGGCCUUGGGAGCAGUUUCUUCUCGCAGGUCCAACAUCAGCGAGGGUCGGUGCGGGUUCACGGGCGUCUGCGGGAACAGCGGCCGAAGAGGCUGCUACCCGCCGAACCGCGGGGGCCAUCUGUACGCGAUGAGAAAGCCGCUCUCCUCCAGCCGCCUGGCUUGCGUUCACAGCGGAACCACGCACAGGCGGGGUCACCGGAGUCCGGGGGCUGCCGAGCCGGCUGCCGGUCCCGGCUGUGAAGGGCCUGCGGACCCCGCCUCACCGAUCCGCUCAGCGGGACCGGCUUCCUGGGUCCCGGGACGGCGCCCUGCAAACCGGGGCUCCGGCCGUCCUCUCGCCUGCAGGGCGCUGAGGAAGACGCGGCCCCACCGGGCACCAGAGGCCGAAGGAGAGCGCAGGGGUGGACCCCCCUCCCCCAUCGGUGCCCCGCCCCACGGCAGGGACACGGCCUCCCCCUGCCCUCCCCCCUCCCACGAACUCCGCCUCCGCUGCCCGUUCCUUCGGGGAGGGUCUGCCGUGCGCGCGCCAGCGCCGGCCGGGACACCGCAGGAGGCGGCUCUGCUCUGCGGCGGCGGCGACCGCAAAGCACUGUGGGAACGAGACGCGCUCCAAGAUGCUGAGUCCACGGGAACAGAAUCACAGAGAAGCCAGGACGGCCCAGGAGGCCUCCUCACGCUCAGGCCAUCGGCAGGCUCCUGCGUGGUGGGGCUGCUGCUCCCGGCUCUGUCAGCCCUGGGGGGCGGGGGAGGGGGCCAAGCCCCGGUCCGUGCGAAUUGCGUUCAGCACUGCCUCCCGCCCCCCACUCCAGGGCCAGUGAGCAGGCAGGCGGAGCCCCCCGAGCCGCCACGUACCCGCCUGGGCUGCUCGCUAACCCGAGUAGGAUUUGCAAGGGCCCCGCACCCAGGCAAGACCCCCAUCCGGGGCUCUGAACCGGCCGGAAUCUGUGGGGAUUCGGACGCGCCUGCCCCAGUCCACCCUCAAACACCAAGAGACAUUCUCCCAGGAAAGCUCAAGCUGGACCGGCCUCCGUGA